AUGUCAUCCCUAGCCUCCCUACCCCAGGAACUAGUGGACAUGAUACUAUCCACCCUAACUCUGCAAGAAAUUAAUAAAGUCCGGCUACUUUCCAAAUCUCAUGAUGCACGUUUCAAGCAUCUCUACUGGUCUCAAGCCUUCGGUGAACUGCGUCUAACCCUUCGAGCCGCUCAGCUCCAAAAUCUCUUCAAUCUUCUCAAGGGUGCUUGUGACGAAUUGAAACAGUAUCUCAGACAUAUGACCAUCCGCCAAGUUGAAUCAUACAAUGAGGUUAAAGAUCCGAAGGUCAAACCUUUGCUUACCGGGAUUUUUAAAAAGAUGGAUUAUCUCGAAACCGUUGAAUUUGAUAUCACAUUUCGUUCAUCGAAUGUUAUUGAUCAUUGGAAGCCAGUUAUGGACGCCAUUAUCGCUGCAAAACGGCAUUCGAUAGAAGUUAUUAAAUCCCCCCGGUGCGGACUAGCAAUGUCCACCUUCAACCUUCGAGAAUCCCAGCUCAUAUCUUACGAAAACACUUUCAAGAAUCUAAGAUCAUUAGAGGUCUCAACAUCAGUGCAAAACGAACGUCCGGAUGUUACAUUCGCAUUUUGGAGUUGGGUGAACGUUAUCGGCUCCAAUCUUGAAGAAUUAGCUGUAGCUGGGUUCAGAAGUCAAACCCCUACUCGACCCAAACCGGACGCAGAAGGGCGGUUUUUACCCAAAAAUUUCGACUUACCGAAGUUAAAAACCUUGGAAUUGGUGCACGUUUGCUUGACACUCAAGGAUAUGAAGACUAUGUUGAGAAAUACGGAUGUCAUCGAGGAGCUCAAGAUUGAGGGAUGCGUAACGGAAACGAAUCGGCCCAGUUAUUUUUUCAAGUUAUUGAAGUAUUUGCAAAAGAAACGAGCCACACGACUACAAAGCCUAGAUUUAGCUCUCUCGGGACUCCACGACUCCAUCGUCGCUUACGAGCUCCCCAACAUCACUUUUUCAGGAAACUGGAUGAAUCCAGAAACGUUGGCACUAGUCGAACUUAACCAGGAUAGAGUAGUCUACCGCGGAGCAGUCGCCUACAGCCUCCAAAAGUCUCUCUGGAAGGAACUCGAAAUUCAUAAUACAACAAUAGACUUCUGGCAUUCAAUAACAGAUGGAAAAUGGGUGGAUAGGGAAGCAACUAAGUGGAAGAAGUUUUCGUGGGCUAGUGGGUUCCGCGUCCGAAGAAAUCAGAAUUGUGAGUGGGGGAGGUUGUUCAAUAUACAUGCUGUUUAUUAUCCUUGGACGGACCCGAGGUGGCUUAGGCCACAUGAACAGACAAGAAUCAAUAUUGACACGGCGGAUGAUGAGUUUGAAAAGAGUGGAAUCGUCCUAGGGGAGGAGGUUGAUAGUGGGGAUGAGGAAGAAGAUGAAGAUGAUGAUUAA